CGGACGUGUUUAGUCAGAGCAGAAACGCAUCUCGGGGCCAAAGUGAUAGGAAACGGCGGCCUCUCCCGGCCCUGUCCCAGCGCCGCCUCCGCCCUCCCGAGCAAAGUUUCACGAGAAGACGGGGUGCUCUUAAAGCUGGAAAAUCAACUAAACAUGGGCAAAGGAGAUCCUAAGAAGCCUAGAGGCAAAAUGUCCUCAUAUGCAUUCUUUGUGCAAACUUGCCGGGAGGAGCACAAGAAGAAGCACCCGGAUGCUUCUGUCAACUUCUCAGAGUUCUCCAAGAAGUGCUCAGAGAGGUGGAAGACCAUGUCUGCUAAAGAAAAGGGGAAAUUUGAAGAUAUGGCAAAGGCUGACAAGGCUCGUUAUGAAAGAGAAAUGAAAACCUACAUCCCCCCCAAAGGGGAGACCAAAAAGAAGUUCAAGGACCCCAAUGCACCCAAGAGGCCUCCUUCGGCCUUCUUCUUGUUCUGUUCUGAGUACCGCCCUAAAAUCAAAGGCGAGCAUCCUGGCUUAUCCAUUGGUGAUGUUGCAAAGAAACUAGGAGAGAUGUGGAACAACACUGCAGCUGAUGACAAGCAGCCCUAUGAGAAGAAGGCUGCCAAGCUGAAGGAGAAGUACGAGAAGGAUAUUGCUGCAUACAGAGCUAAAGGAAAACCUGAUGCAGCGAAAAAGGGGGUAGUCAAGGCUGGCACCAUUACGAGCUUGGGAGAGGAAAAAUACCAUCUACAAGCCCAAGUGAAGGAAAGCCAAGCACCCGGACCAGAGCCCGACAGUGACUCUGAUUACCGGCCAGGGCCGUUUCUUAGUCUGCUGGAAGUCAUAGAGCGAGGCAAGGUUAACCCACCACAAGGGAAACCGAUCAAAGUCGUGGUUUCACCCGUGGAGCGCGCAGGAGCAGAAAAGCUUGCAGCACAGCGGGCGGGUUCCGUGGUUCAGCCCAUGGGAGCCUGCAGGACUCGGGCUGUGCUUCAGAGCCGAGCGAUGUCUGGACUCUGCCUUAGGACUCUUAGGACUCUGUUCUCUAGAGUAAAACCCACGAAGAGCACCACAGAAGGCUGCGGGAUCGGGGGAAAUCUUGCUCUCCGGGAGCCCACGAAGACUUCCAGGAGCGUGGGAUCGACUGACAGACAAGCAAAGGCCAGGCUCUGGGAGGUCUAG